AUGAAGCCGCACGGGAACAGCAAAUGGUUAUACUUAGAACCAAUUCUGAGUAAUGACGACGGCGAGUUGGGUGCGAGAUUCCGAAAGGUUGACCAGGGCUUCCGCCAGGUGUCGAGAAUACUAGACUCCGACCCGCGGCUAUCCGCCUUACUGCAGUCCGCGAGGCUGCAACCCACGUUAGACUCCAUAUCAGAACAACUAAACGCUUGUCAGUCAGCUUUAAAUCAAUAUAUCGAUGUGAAACGAUCAGUUUUCCCCAGACUAUAUUUCUUAAGUGACGAUGAUUUACUGGAGUUACUGGGCCAGGCUAGGGCCGGUGCUGAGGGCAGGGAGACUGUUAUGCAAUCGCACCUUAAAAAGUUAUUUCCCGGUAUAACUGGCGUCAAAGUGGGACCUUCUGGGUUGUCUAUCACUGCACUGUGCAGCCACUACGGAGAGACAUUCCAACUAGACCAUCCUGUCGAUAUAGACUCUCCUGUUGAAGUAUGGUUAAAAAAAUUAGAAAACGAGAUUCGUUCGUCACUAAAGAACUUGACACUAAAAUGCUUAGUGACCGGCAGUACUCAUGCACAGGAUCCAUUCUCUUUGCCGACGCAGAUUCUUUGUUUAGUACAGAACAUUCGUUUCACUGAACAAGCAGAAAAGGCAAUUACUACCAAGGAAUUGCACAAAUUGAUGACGAGCGUAGAAAAAGAGAACGCCUCGUACGCAGCAGCGGAGAUUGAAGAUGAGAGUGAGAAAGAGAAGAGGCAAGCUGUAAUACUACAGUGCACACACUAUAUGUCCGUAGUGCGGACUCUUAUAGACAAUAAUAUAACUUCCACUAGUGAUUGGCUCUGGCAGAAGCAACUCAGAUUUUACCUAAGAGAUACGAAAGAAAUAAUUGCUGAAAUGGGCCUGGCUAAAAUAUCAUAUUCGUACGAGUAUCUCGGCGUUAACACCGGCCAGUUCGUACGCACUCAACUUGCUGACGAGUGCUUUUUGAUAUUAACACAGGCAUCAUAUUUUGGCUCUAUGGGCAAUCCUUUCGGGCCAGCUGGGACUGGUAAAACAGAAUCCGUGAAGGCGCUCGGGGGCCUCGUGGGUCGCCUUGUCCUCGUAUUCAAUUGUGAUGAGGCAAUGGACGCGGAAUGUAUGGGUCGGCUGCUGACGGGGCUGGCGCUGUCCGGCGCGUGGGGCUGCUUCGACGAGUUCAACCGCUUGUCGUGCGACACGCUGGCCGCCGUGACGCACCAGCUCACCUCGCUGCUGGCCGCCAUGCAGCGCUCCGCUGACGCCAGCGACGACACAUACGCACUGCUCAAUGGAAAACAAGUGAAGGUGUCCCCGUGGUGCGGCGUGGCGGCGACCAUGAACCCGAGCGGGCGUGGGUACGGCGGGCGGCGCGCGCUGCCGGCGGCGCUGAGCCGCGUGCUGCGCCCCGUCAGCAUGGCGCAGCCGCGCGGGGACCUCCUCGCCGCGCCGCUGCUCGCCGCGCACUGCCUCGCACAUCCCCGCGCGCGCGCACAGGACCUGCACGACGUCUUCACUAUGGCCAGCAUGUUGCUGAGCGGGCAGCGGCACUACGACUGGGGCCUGCGCGCGCUGAAGGCGGCGAUUUGA